UUUUAUUCGAAGGGGUGUUUCAUUUGGGAACAAAGGCAAUUAGUCGAUUUAUCAAGUAUUGGUGAAAAAGACUCAUAAUUUAGCAGAGAAUGUUAAACACUACCAAUGAAUAUAGCAACAGAGUAUUAUAUUUAAUGAUAUAUUGUCGGUAUUGAGCUAAACAAAUUAAAUGGUUAAUGGUUGUAUAUUUCAUUAACUGCAAAAAUACCAAGGUCUCUAGGAAGCGCUUUAAAUAAACAAGGAAACAGAACCGAGAAUUUAAUCUAGUCAAACUUUAAAUCAUUUACAUACUUAUCAUCUACCUGUAGACUUGGACUUCACAUUUGAUUUAACAAUCUGAUCUUGACAUGGAACAUGUAUACUAUGACAGCACUCACUACAAACAUGCAAUGGAAGUAUCAAACAUUGCAUGGACUACGGAGCUUUAUACCGUGAAACAGAUUAUGUCCAAGGUCACAUUACCCACGUUCUCAAGGGUGGAAACGGCUUAUUUUGGGGAGAAAAACUUGGAAUCAUUCUCAGCAGGCCAGGUUUUAUGGGUUAUUGAUACGAGGCAACAGCGUCGUGUAAUAGCUGUGGAUAAACUGGGAAAUCACAUAAGCAUUCCUUUUAAGAGCCCUGUGCGUUUCCAGAUUCUUGGCAAGGUAGAUGAAGAAGAAGAUCCAAAAACUCUAGAUGAGUUUUUCCGAGAGAAAGAACUACCCAUCAAAGUCAAGUUUAAUGUAGAGGACAUGAGUUCAUUAACUCUAGAUGGUGCUUCUAGGCAGGCAAGCUGGUUUGAAGAGCUUACACUCACUACUAAGCAUGAUCUUCCAUACAUAAUGGCAGUUUGUGCAACGAAAGAUACAAUUCAACCGGAUAUACAGUGUUUGCCUGUUUAUCUACAAGAAGAAUUCUCAAUUGGUUAUAGUUUGAACAAGUCCCAAAGUGAUAAUAGCACAACUGACUGGUUUUACUUCAAAAAGCAUUUUCAAAAUUUAGUAGAUCAGUUGGUAGACUUCAACGAUUAUUUGGGAAACCCAGAAAUUAUUGUGUAUCCAGCUGAUGAAGUGAAGAAUUUAAUGACAUCCUCAACUGACUAUGAAUCUUUGAUACCACAUCGAAUUGACAGCCAAUAUGUACAAUUAGUUGACUCAAAAACAAAAAACCAGGAACGAGAUCGCAAAAAGACUGCAAAGAAGAAACAGAAAAAGUUGAAGCUGGUACAGUCAUUACGACAUAAAAAGAAAUCCCACUCUGAUCACACUGAUUUAAAGCUGGAAGAUGAGUUGAAGAGCCAAUUUGCAACUGAUAAGAAAGUACGACCUCCAGUACCGGAAAAACCAAAGAAAUACAUGGGAAUUCAUACCAAACCAGAUCAAGAUUUUUAUGAAGAUAUUGAUUACGGAAGACCCGCACCAUCAUCUGCACCACCAUUGGUACCAAAGAGGGAACCCAUAACACACCAGCCACCAACUUCACUGACAAAAGAAUUAAACAAAAUGUCUUUCUCAAAAGGUGAUCUUAUGAAAGAGCUUAAGAGUAAUCAAGAUGCAACUACUCCUUACGGUUUUCCUGUCACUAGUCCUGUGGUGUCAUGUAAACCUAUUAAGACGCUGGAAGACUUACCACAAAAUCCCAGAACUAUGAACAUGUCCCAAGUCCAGGACUGUUUGAGACUUCUAAAUAUGGAUAAAUAUGUGGAAAUAUUUGAGAAGAAUUCGAUAAACGGAGAGUUACUCACUGACCUGGAUAAGGAGACUCUUGUGGCUGAUCUAGGCAUGUCCAGGCUGAAUGCCCUUAAACUACAAAAGUUUAUAGCAGGAAAAUGGGCUCCUGAGGCUCUAAGUGGUAAAACUUAAGAACAUUCCUUCUAAUCUGAGGGUGGUAGGUUCAAAUCCUGCCAAGUUUGAGACUAUUUUUGUUACUAAAGAAUGAGAUAAACAAUUUUGUGACUCUUUCCCUUCUUAGCUGUCAUACCACAAUAUACUGGGUAGUUAUUUCCAGUUGUGAUUACAAGGUCAACAAAAGAAAAGUUGUGUUGGUCAGUUGACUACAGGCCUAAUUCUAAGGUUCAGUGUCAGUUAUCACUGCCAAUACCGUGCCCAUACCAUAAAAGGAAUUUGUGAGCAUUCUUGGUAUUAAAAAAUAUAUAGUUACUGGUAAAGGGAAACCUAUAAUUUAAGCCAAUCAUGCUCUAAGCUUUGGUUACCACUUGCAGAAAAACUGCCGCAACGCAACGUAGAGAAAUGCUCUUUUUGUAUCCCCCCACCUUAUGGAAAGUUCAAUUUUACUUCUUCUUUGACAAAACUGAUAUUCCCACUUGUCGCCAUGCGAAAGCAAUGGUUUUUGCGGGAAGUUUUCAAAAACCAUUUAUCAUUCAUUGCAGGACUACAUGUUUUGGUAAAUCUAGGAUUUAAAUUGUGUUUAUGCAGAUCUGUAUAAUAAGUAAAUAUACAGUAUCUCCAUCACAUAAUAAAUGAUUAAAUAUUAUACAUUAUAACAACCAAAAUUAAAAAGCUAAAAUGAGUGUCAAACAUGGUGCUAGACUCAGACAGACGAAUAUUUAAAUCAACCAGUGUAACAUAUACUGUAGAUAAUAGUUUUUGAAGAAUGGUUUACAGGUGAAGACACAUUGCAUAAUAUUAAGGUUUGCUAUAUAUAUAUAUAUGCCAUGCAUAGAACUAGAGCACCGUCACAGACCUGAGAUG